UGUCAUCCAGCUAUAAUACAACCACAAAAUACAAUGGGAUCCAAGAGCGACAAGUUUUCGGCAUUCAGAGCGGCGCGUGCCGCGGGCACUAGCCGUAUGGCGGAGCCUGACUCGGACGUCGAGGAUGCCAACAUCUACGACGAGGUGGACGAGGACACAUACCGCAAGCACAAGCGCGACGAACUUUUAAAGGAUGAUUUUAUCGUGGAGGAUGACGGUCAGGGCUAUGUUGAUACGGGGGCGGACGAAUGGGACGCACGCACCAGACCCAAGUACGACUCUGACAGCGAGCACGAGUCGGACUCUGCGAAGCCGGCGAAGAAACGCAAGGUGAAAAAGUCGGCGCAAAUCAGCCACUUUUUCAAGCCCACAAUGGAGGCUGCAGCACCCAAGAAGCUUGAUGCAAAGGUGGACGACAUCUUGGACGACUUGUUCGCGGGGUCGCCUGUUGCGAAGCGUGCGCGCGCGCCAUUUGCCGCGCGAGCACCACGGGAUGUUUUUAGCGCGAAGCCCGCGAUGCCUCGCUUCGGCAGCGUCAAGACGGAGGUGGAUGUAUUUGGCGACAUUGACCUUCCAACAAAACCGGAAGACAUAAAGUCGGAUGUGGAAAUCGAUAUGAAGCCAGAAGCUGACUCUUCAUUUGACAUGAACUCAUCACCGACACGCCAGCCCGGCCGCGAAAAUACCCUGCUAAUUAAGGAAAAUACCCUGCUAAUCAAAGAAGAGUCCUCCGACGAGGAAGUCGUUGUGAAACGGCGUCCGACGGCCGUAAAGGUCAAGCGCGACGCCAACGUAUCCGCUGUCAAGGAAACGCCAAAAAAGUCCGCGUACGUGCCCGCAACCGAGCAGUUCACGUCGCCCGCGCAGCCCACCGACAAGCUCGACGAGGCAGCAAUUGCGAUAGACGGCGCGUUCCGCAUGUACUGGCUCGACUACGCGGAGGUUGACAACUCGCUCUUGUUGUUCGGAAAGAUCCUCACCCUGACAGGCGAGAUGGUGUCCGGGGUCGUGCAGCUCACGGGGAUGAACCGCGAACUCUACUUUCUUCCGCGUGAGCACCGACGGUCGGAUGACGCGCCAGUCAGCGCUAUGGACGUGCAUGAGGAGAUUGUGCCGUUGUUAAUCCAGAAGUUCGGCUUACAAAACGUGCGCGCGAAACCGCAAACGAUGAAGUACGCGUUCGAACUUCCGGGAAUCCCCGCAGAGGCCGAGUAUCUCAAGAUACUCCUUCCGUAUCAGACACCGCGUGCGCGCGGUGUGACAUUGCCCGGGGAUCUCGAGGGCGAUACGUUCCAGCACGUAUUCGGAGGGAGCACCAGCAUCUUUGAGGCAUUUGUGGUGCAGAAGAAUGUGAUGGGCCCGUGCUGGUUGCAGUUCAGCAACGGUGACUUUUCUACGAUCCAGAACACCUCGCAUUGCCGUGUCGAGGUACUCGUGGACGGCGCUGCAAAUGUCUCGGUAUGCGAUGAUAAGACGCUCGCGACGCCACGACUUACAUGCACGUCGAUUUCGGUGCAGACGGUGAUGAAUGCGCAGACCAACCGCCAGGAAGUCACAAGCGUGUCGCUCGCGACGUUCCGCGAUAUCGCACCUGAUGCGCCGAUCGAUGCGAACGCGCACGCGCAAGGGGUCGUGACGCUUGUGCGUCCCGUCGGGGCGACGCUUCCGCCAGGACUCACAACCCUCAGUUCCAAGCAAGACUUUUCCGUGCGCACUUUCAACAACGAGAAAACUCUCCUCAACUGCUUAUGCGGCUUAAUCAAACAAGCCGACCCGGACGUUUUUAUCGGCCACCGCUUGGAGAAUAUCUCGCUUGACGUGUUGGUGCACCGAAUGUAUGACCUCAAGGUGGUGACAUGGUCCGCGUUUGGGCGUCGUAACCGCAAGCUGUGGCCGGAACGUUUCCAUGGGCGCCUAAACAGCGGGCUGAGUAUGCAGCUCCGUGAGAUCUUCCAGGGACGGCUCUUGUGCGACAUUGCCAACGAGAUGGGGCAGUCGUUGACGAUGAAAUGUCAGUCGUGGGACCUUCAGGAGAUGUAUUCUGUGGUGUGCGACAAGAAGUUUGCGCCGUUGGAGAUCAACUACAACAAUCCGCAGUACGCAGACGACAGCAGCAUGCUCUUGAUGGCACUCCGUGAGAACGCGAGCGUCGCACGCAUCGCCGCGGACAUUGCGUUUGCGAUGCAAAUCUUGUCGCUUUCCAAGCAGUUGACGAAUCUCGCGGGGAACGCGUGGGCACACACGCUUGGCGGUACGCGUGCGGGGCGUAACGAGUACAUUUUGCUCCAUGAGUUCGCGCGCGAGGGUUACGUCGUGCCCGAUAAAUCGAACAGCUUCGCGCGCAACCAGGCGGUGAAACCGGAGAUACCUGAAGAAGACGCCGCAACGGUGACAUCCAACAAGAAGCCAAAGUACCAGGGUGGGUUGGUGUUCGAGCCGGAGAAGGGCUUGCACAAGAACCAUAUUUUGGUCAUGGACUUUAAUUCGUUGUAUCCGUCGAUUAUCCAGGAGUUUAAUAUUUGCUUUACGACCGUGGAGAGGGGGCAUGGGAGUGGGGAUGAGGACAUUUUGCCGGCAGUGCCUGCGCGCGACGCCGCGCCGGGUGUAUUGCCACGAUUGCUUCUUACGCUUGUUAACCGCCGUCGUGAGGUAAAAAAGUUGAUGGCGGACGCGCGCGUAACCCCGAUCGAACGUGCGCAGUACGAUAUCAAGCAACAGGCGUUGAAGUUGACUGCGAACUCGAUGUACGGGUGCUUAGGGUACGUCAAUUCACGGUUCUAUGCGAAGCCGUUAGCGAUGUUGGUCACCAACAAGGGCCGUGAGAUCUUGAUGGAUACACGCCAGUUGGUGGAGAGCCUCAAUUUGCGGGUGGUGUACGGUGACACCGAUUCGGUUAUGAUUGACACUGGGUGCGACAACUUCGCGGCUGCCAUGGUCAUUGGUAAUGAAUUGAAAACCGCAGUUAAUGAGCGCUAUCGCCUCUUGGAGAUUGAUAUUGAUAAUAUUUACAAGCGCUUGUUGCUCCACGCCAAGAAAAAGUACGCGGCGGUGAACGUGGCGAUGGUGAACGGCGUGGAAAAAACGUCACUCGAAGUCAAAGGGCUUGAUAUGAAAAGAAGAGAGUACUGUCAGCUUUCCAAGGAGGUUUCUACAUACAUUUUGGAGAAACUCUUGUCAGAAGCGGAUACCGAAGACUCACUCCGCGAGAUCUACGCGUACCUCGAGACCGUCGCGGCAGACGUAAAGGGGGGCCGCGUGCGCGCAGACAAAUUCAAGAUCAACACCAAAUUGUCCAAGGAUCCUGGUGAUUACCCCGGCGGAAAAAACAUGCCUGCAGUGCAGGUGGCAUUGCGAUUGCGUGAACAAGGCAAGGUAGUGAAGGCAGGGACGGUCAUCACGUUUGUUAUUACCGCGGGUGACGCGGCGGCGAGCCCUGCGGAGCGUGCGCGUGCGUUGACCGAAGUGUUGGCACGCGACUCGAGCUACACUCCAGAUCCAGCAUACUAUCUCGAAAAGCAGAUCUUGUCACCGGUGGAGCGGUUGAUGGGGAAGAUUGAAGGUGUGGAUAUGACGCGGAUCGCCACGUCGUUGGGUUUGGAUGCACGCCGCUACGAGAUGCGGGCGCGCGCCCACGCCGGUGUCGACGCGCUUGCGCCGUUGGAGUCGACCGUUUCCGAUGCGGAGCGCUUCCGCGAUGCGGCUUUCUUACCGUUGCGCUGCGCAUGCGGUGCACGCUUUGCGUUCGGCGGUAUUGUCGCGUCACGCGACUACGUUGUGAGCUUUCACGGGAUCAAGUGUGCGGCGUGCGCGGCCGUGUUGCCGACCUUGCGCGUUACCGCGCAGUUGGAACGCAUCAUUCGUGCGCACAUCUCGCGCUACUACGCAGGCUGGUUGGUGUGCGACGACAGUGCGUGCGGGAUCGCAACGCGCCAGAUCUCCGUCUAUGGGAAGAGAUGUAUCGGGUUGUCUGGCACCGCGCAUGGCUGCAAAGGCAUCAUGCGCUACCGCUACAGUGACAAGGCGUUGUACAACCAGUUGCUCUACCUCGACUCGAUCUUUGACAUCGAAAAGGCGAAGAAGGGGCUGUUGAAGCCGUUUGAAGGCCCGGAAGCUCUUAGCCACGCGCUGGUCGAGGCGCUGGCCGUGCACAAUGCCGUGUUCUUUGGAGUCUGUCGCGGGGUUGUUCAAAAGUACUUGAGCGACUGCGGGCGCCGCUACGUAGACAUGGGCGGUUUGUUCAAUUUCAUGGAGAAAUAGUGUAUGAUAGGAU